UUACAAAUGGUAACAGCCUAACAGGCACUAUAGGCUCCUCAAACCAACUCAUAGCAAAAGAAAAUAAUUGAGAAGAUAAAGAAGCAUCAAGCAUACACACACAACCACCUCAAAAAGAAGAAGAACAUGUCAAACUCCACACAAAUGGAAAAGGAUCUCACAAUGACAGUGCAGCGAUCCUCUUACUUCCCCAGGUGCAUGAUGUCCCCUUCGUGCUUGCCAAUCCACAACGAGUACGAGUACUCGCGAAUCCACUACAACCCCAGAAAGAGGGUGAGAAGGUGGAGGAACAUCCUCAGAAGGUUCAUGAGGGAGAGCAAGACCUUGUGUAGAUCCAAACCUAUGUCAUUUCAAUAUGAUCCUGUUAGCUACUCCCAGAACUUCGAUGAGGGCUGCCAUCUUGAUGAACCUAGGCCAGGGUUGCAAGAUGUUAAGUGGGAUUCACAUCAUUGAUUUUGUGUAACUGUGGUUAUUACAUGUUUAGGCUUGAAUGUAAGAAGGACAAUGAAAUAGCCUUUUAUUUUUGACACAUGGGAGGUUUUAGUUACUGUAUGGUACAACUACAAAGAAAUUAAUUCUUCUUUAAGUUUGUAUAUGGUGUAUCUCAUUCAUACUUUUUCGUAAUACCAAAGUUCUGUUAAUUGAAAAUUAAUGUCUUUUUGUAUAUAUGGUGGAUCUACCAGUAGUACUGAUGUAGUGAUGCCAUUUACUUUUCUUA